AUGCUCUCCAAGAUCUUCACCACGGUGGCCCUUGCGGCCUCGUUGGUCUCUGCGCAGACCUUCACCGAGUGCGACCCCACCAAGCGUGAUGGCUGCCCCAACCCCAAGGCCGUCGGUUCCAAGGUUGUCGACAUCGACUUCCGCAAGGGCGCCAACAGCUUCUUCAAGCCUGCCGAUGGCACCACCCUGAAGUACGAUGACAACCUCGGCGCCAUUUUCUCCAUCUCCAACGAGAAGAACGCGCCCACCAUCGGCUCCAAGAAGUACAUCUUCUUCGGCCAGGUCGAUGUGACCGUGCGCGCUGCUCGUGGCGUCGGUGUCGUUACCAGCUUCGUGCUGCAGUCGGACGACCUCGACGAGAUCGACUGGGAGUGGCUCGGCGGCGACGCCACCCAGGUCCAGACCAAUUUCUUCAGCAAGGGUUGCACUGACACCUACGAUCGUGGCGGUUUCUCGCCUGUCGCCGACCCGGUCAACCAGUUCCACACUUACACUAUUAAGUGGACCCCCGAGCAGCUCGACUGGAUUAUCGACGGCGCCGUUGGCACCAUCGACUGGGCUGGUGGCAUCACCGACUUCACCGACGCUCCCUUCGACGGCUACUACCAGAGCCUGCGCAUCCAGGACUACAUGGGCGGCAAGGGUGCCAAGGAGGCCACCGAGUACCACUACACCGACCGCAGCGGCACGUGGCAGAGCAUCAAGGUCGUCAACAACGGCGAGGAGGCCGAGGACAACAUCAGCACUAGCAGCACGUCCAAGGCUACCUCCACCACCAAGAAGCCCACCUCGUCCGCCACCACCCUCGCGACCGUAAGCUCGUCGGCUUCGCUCACCUCGGCCAACGGCACCGUCACCCAGACCACCGCCAGUCCCACCCAGACCACUGGCGACGACGAGCAGAGCGCUACUACCGCUGCCUCCGAGACCAUGUCGACUGGUGCCGCCCCCUCGAUGGCCGGCAACAUGGCCGCCGUCGGUGCUGCCGCCCUCUUUGGCUACCUCGUCCUCUAG